AUGGGCUGGGUACACAAUGCCUCGCCCGAGGUUGAAGCUGCAUCGCAGUACCGCCUCAUUCUCGGAAUAUGUUUGAGUCUCACAAUCUUAAUGGUGUUCACGGUUUCCAUGCGACUUUUCCUUCGUGCGCGAGCAAGCCGAUGGGCGGCCGCAGACUAUGUGAUGGUUGUUAGUAUGACUUUUAGCGUUAUAUACAGUGCACUUUGCAUUUCUCAAAGUCGAUAUGGACUAGGACUGCCACUUAACCUACGGCCAAAAGCAAACUACCACACGUAUUCCAAGAUCAACUAUGUAGGACGGCCUUUUUACCAAGUCGGCAUUGCAGGGUUCAAGGCUUCACUUUGCCUCAGCUAUCUGCGACUGAUCUCUGGAACAUCGAAGCGUAAUUAUCGAGGCGUGAUCUGGAUUGUUAUCGCGGUCUCUACAUUGGGUCAUUUCGGCGGUGCUCUUAGCCUCAUAUUCAACUGUUCACCGGUUCAACGGUCAUGGAACACUAAUGUAGCAGGCACAUGUCUUCCCGUGGGAAGCCUGUUUUACGGUCUCGCAAUUUUCACCAUCAUCACCGACGUGACGAUCAUUGUGCUUCCCAUCCCAUUGCUUCUUGGUCUCAAUAUAAAACCUGCACAGAAGGCUGGUGUGGUGUGCCUUUUUCUUCUUGGCCUUUUCACCACAAUCUGUUCUAUUAUGCGACUAACUCAGAUUCAACGUGUGGCAUUCGGAGACGGAAACUCUACAAUGCUUGUGUUAUGGGGAACAAUUGAGUUCAAUGUGGGCAACAUUGUCACUUGUAUUCCAUAUCUAGCACCUCUACUCACAGGCUUUGUGCGGGGCCUCGGGUCGACUGGUGAAAAAUCGAGGAAGUAUUACUAUGACAGUGGAGGCAGAAGCUACGCGAUGGAGAAUUGGUCGAAAGAUCAGCAUUCCCAGCUGCAGUCAACCGCUUCUGGCCCAAAGCAUCCAAGACAAACACCCAGCGACGAGCUCAUUUUAGCAAGUCAGGAGCCCGAGCAUGGGUGUAUCGAGAUGACGAUAGAAUAUAGAGUGUCUUCGGAAGGCAUACCAACCAAAUAG